CGUUUCGAUUCAAGUUUUUUUUUCCAAUGCAGUAAUGGCCAACACUACGUACCUGGGAAAGUUUCUUCGUCGAUCCCUCCACUACGAAACCGAUACAACUAGCAUUACUACCUGUUGAAAUAAUUGUUAUCCAUCUCACAGUUUUUUUAUGAACAUUCAAUUUUGGAUUGGCUUACACAAACGAGGUUAUUUUACAUUCGAUAGGCAAUAUAUUCCGCAGGAAAGAAAUCAGAUACAAGGUACAUCAAACAAACUUGUUGCUUGCAUCUCAAAUCGAAUACUUGUACUUGCAUAAAACAUGAUGGAAAUGCAAUGCACAGAAAACCCUGCGACACUCCGUAAGGUUUCGAGAGAGUUGGAAGAGCUGCGUCACCAAGAUAGCAUUUCUCGGUGUGGCACCCAUUCUGAUGGUAUGCCUUUUCCGAGAUCUUGCCGCAAGCUUUUGCAAUCCAUCCCAGGGAAUUCGAAGUGCGUCGAUUGUGACAAUCGAAAUCCCGAUUGGGCAAGCGUGACGUACGGGGUUUUGAUGUGCACGGUUUGCGCCGGUCGGCAUCGUUCGUAUGGGGUUGCAACGUCACGUGUUAGGUCAAUUUCUAUGGACUCGUGGUCCCACUCCCAGGUGUUGACAAUGCUCGAAGGCGGCAACGAACAACUGCAACACUUUUACAACCGACACGACAUGGGGAAAAAAUCAAAAUUCUUUGAUCAACGUUAUUACACAAAGGCAGCACGAUUCUAUCGAACAAAUAUGGAAAGCCAUGUGGCAAUGAUUGGUAGGAUUGGUCAAUGGAUGGGUAGAGCCGAGUCAAGAAGAGUUGCAACAAGGAAAAUUAUAAAAGACAAAUACCACACACGUUCUCCUGCGACGUCACAGCAACAACAUGUUCGUGGGGUGCCUGUUCGAUGUUAAUAGAAUCAAAACAGAGUGCUUUAUAAUCUGCAUCACCCUUAUGCACAAUUUAUACCAAAACACAUGCCAGAAAUACAUCUUUAAGCGAUUA